CUAAUGGUGGCAAUAGUCCGCGAGACAAUUGAACCAAAAUUGACAUUGACAUUUCUGAGAGUCGCUUACUCACAAAUAUUUCAAUUUCAAUUUAAAUUUCAAUUUCAAUCAUUCGUAUAGAUAUUUGUAGAUUUCAGAAUGACAGAGACAGAAAAGGAAACAUCUACCAAGACAAUUACCAAAGAAGUGGAUGAACAAUCUCCUGAAUCCAUAGUGAAGGAGAUUGAACAAUCAUUUUCAUUGAUUUCCAAAACAGCAUCAAGUUUCGAUAAUCGUUAUAUCACCAAAGUAUUUCGUGAUUUAGGACCAUUAAGACGGAAAUUAACCAAACCAAUUCUUGUCACUAUCAUCAAUAAAUUAUAUCCAGAUUCUCAUUCAAAUAAACAAUACCUUAUUGAAGUAUUAGAUGGAAUUAACAGUGAUAGUGGAGAAACCAAAAUGGAAAUUGAUCAUGAAAAUAAUGAUGAUAUUGAAGUUGAUGUUGAUGAAGAUAUUCUUAUUCCAGAAGUAGAAUUAUAUGUUCAUCUAUUAGUUCAAGUAUUUCUUUUAGAUCAAAAUCAAUUGGAAAAAUUGAAUACUUUAAAUGAUAAUAUUAUUCAAUUAAUGAAAUUAUAUAAUAAAAGAUCUUUGGAUUUUAUUGAAGCUAAAAUAUGGUUUUAUAUUGCUAGAACCAAAGAAUUACUUGAAGAUUUACAUACAAUUCGUACAGAAUUAUUGAAUAGUUUAAGAACUGCUACUUUAAGGCAUGAUACUGAAACUACCUCAUCGAUAAUAACUUUAUUAUUAAGAAAUUAUUUAUUGACUCAUGAUAUUAAUCAAGCAUCAAAUUUAGUUGAAAAGACCAUUUUCCCAGAAAAUGCUAGUAAUGCAUUAGCUGCUAGAUAUUAUUAUUAUUUAGCAAGAAUUAGUGCUAUUCAAUUGGAUUAUUCUACAGCUCAUGAAUAUGUUAUUGCAGCUAUUAGAAAAGCUCCUCAAACUAAUUUAGCUAAUGGAUUUAUUCAAAGUGCUACUAAAUUAAGUAUAAUCAUUGAAUUAUUAACAGGUGAUAUACCUGAAUUGAAAACUUUUAAAAAGAAUGAAAUUGGAAAUUAUGAACCUUACUUUUAUGUUACAAAAGCUGUUAAACUUGGUGAUUUAAAUUUAUUUAGUAAAGUUGUUAAUCAAUAUGAAGAAUUAUUUAAAAAGGAUGAUAAUUUUACAUUAGUAUUAAGAUUACGUCAAAAUGUAAUUAAAACAGGUAUUAGAAUUAUAUCAUUAUCAUAUUCAAAGAUUUCUUUAAAAGAUAUUUGUAUAAAAUUACAUUUAGAUUCAGAAGAACUGACUGAAUAUAUAGUUUCAAAAGCUAUUAGAGAUGGAGUUAUAGAAGCAAGUAUAAAUCAUCAAAAGGGAUUUAUGCAAUCUAAAGAAUUAUUAGAUAUUUAUUCAACUAAAUUACCUCAAUCUGAAUUUGAUCAAAGAAUUAAUUUUUGUUUACAAUUAAGAAAUGAUAGUGUUAAAUCUAUGAGAUAUCCAAGUGAUAAUGAUAAUAAAUCAGAACUUAAUGGUAAAUCAGAUUCAAAAGGUGAUGAAAUUGACCUUAUAAGAGCCAUUGAAGAUGGUGAUUUAGAUGAUUUCAUGGAUUAGUUAAAAUUAAUUAAUAUAUUUAGCAUCCUCUACUAUAUAUAUAUAGAAUAAUACAAAAUAUAAAAAAUUGUCUUGUUCG